AUGCAAGCGCACAUGCGCCUACAUAGGCCCCCUGACCCGAUUGAUAUUCCUGGACCAUUGCAAGAGCCGCCAUCAUUCAGCGAUCGCAUGGUCGGCGGUUCUCAUAACCUUCCUGGCAGUCUCCUAAGUAAUGCUUAUCCGCGACCUGGGGACCACACUGCUCCAACAAUGAGCUAUGCAGAUUCAAAGAAAUUUGUAGUCUUCGAGGCCUCUCCGGCUACCUGUGGACAAACAUUUCGCUGCAGUAUUUUUGCCCCACUUGUUAUAUCCUUAGAAAAAGAAGACUCCGUUGAUCCAGAACAUCCUAUACAACUUACUACAAAUACUGCUAAGAAUGAUGGGGACACGACCUACAAUGGGAAGAAUCGAAGCUCUUGCAAAAAUAAAGCAAGAGGAAUGCAUCCUAAUCGUUCUACCAAUGCUGCAAGUAUCCCUGUGACUGCAUCAAAAAAACCCGACCAUAUUUCUGCCACUAUAGACGUCCCAAAGCCUGAAUAUGAAAUAGAUAAAAGUUUCCCAUCAUAUCAGAAGAUUAUCCAGAAAGAAAAUUCUGUAUAUUUGAGGUUUAUUGAGAAGACGACAGAGGAACUCGAGGAAAUUGUAGAAUAUGACUUAGAUGAAGAGGAUCUCUCUUGGCUUUCUCGCAUCAACAAAAAGCAGGCUGAGGCUAUGCAGCCAACUGUGCAGCAGUCAACCCUUGAGUGGAUUAUAGAUCGAUUUGAGAAAAGCGCCAAAUUUCGUCCUGCACGUUCUUCAGAAGUUACCGGCUCAUCGUUUUCACCU